AUGACCACCCUGCAGUACCUCUGUGGACCCCCUAGGGGUCACAGGCCCCCUGUUGAAGACUCUGUUGAAGAGCAGACUCAACUUGUUAUACGAGAGUAUUACAGGGAUUCUCAGGAAUCUCUGAACAAUGGAGCUCACCUGGCGUCUUUUGACACGGAGACGCAGAUCCCCUGCGGCCGGGCUCCCGUCAACACCAGGAUCGUAGGCGGUCAAACUGCGGCUCCAGGAGAUUGGCCCUGGCAGGUUUCUUUGGUCUCGGGAGGAGAGCACGAUUGUGGGGGGUCACUGAUUAACGACCAGUGGGUGAUGACAGCUGCACACUGCAUUUCAGGGUCAGGAAGUGGUGUAACGGUUUACCUGGGCCGCUUCAACCAGUCAGGUCCAAACCCCAAUGAAGUGUCACGGACGAUCGCUCAGGCCAAGUGCCAUCAGUCAUACAGCACCCUGACCAACGAGAACGACAUAUGUCUCCUGAAGCUGUCGUCACCUGUGAACUUUACCGACUACAUACAACCUGUUUGUUUGGCCGAUGCAAACAGCACCCUACACUCUGGGGUCAGCACCUGGGUCGCUGGUUGGGGCAACACUCGCCCUAGUGGGGCGAGCGCCUCCAACACCCUGCAGGAGGCUAAUCUGGAUAUAGUGGGAAACCAAGAGUGUCAGUGCAACAGCAUAUAUGACAUCACAGACAAGAUGAUCUGCGCUUGGGUCCGAGCGGGCGGAAUUGACUCGUGUCAGGGAGACUCAGGGGGCGGACUGGUGACAAAGGUUGGUUCAGGCUGGGCCGCGGUUGGAAUCGUGAGUUUUGGUGACGGCUGCGCUAAGCCCAACGUUCCGGGGAUCUACACCCGUGUGUCCGAGUACAAGGAAUGGAUCAGCAACAUCAUCGGCAGUGACGAGCCAGGCUUUGUUAACGCUUCCUCCACCGAGGUCGACAAAGACGCAAACUUUACCUGUUCAACCGCAGCACCACCGACCGCUUCCUCCACCCAAACCGUCUUCACCAAUCACACCCGCCCCUCAACCAUGCCCGUAUCCUGGACCCACCCUUACACCCGCCCCUCAACCACAAACCAUUCCACAACCGACGAUAAGAGCAUUUUUGGAGGUGGUGAAAAUCUGAUCCACUUCACUCACUUCACCUCACUCUGGGUUCUUGCUCUAUCGGUCUAUGUGCUGGUCGGUCAUGCAUAA